AUGCUUCAUGCGUUAAGCGAAAAUAGUGAUGGCAUUGAAAAAACUUUGGAAAAGUUAUGUACUUUUUAUAAUCAAGAAAGAUUAAAAGGAACAAGUGAUAUCAAGAUACUUAAUCAAAUUGAACAACUUGUUAUAACUGAGCAGAAAAAACCAGAAGACAUCAUUAAUUGGUUCUUGAAUAAUCAACAUUAUUAUUAUGUAACCCAACAUAAUCAUAUUAUUCAAUGUAUUCUUUCAGAUUGUUAUUUUAAUGGAAAAUGGGUUUCAGAAGACAAA